AUGACGAUUGGAUGCGGAGAACGCUACACAGGCUCGUCUGGCUCUUUCACCUCAACAAACUACCCUGGCAAUUACAACAACAGCCUGUACUGUACCUACAUCAUUGAUGCAGGAGACACAUUGGUCACACUCGUGUUUGAAGACUUCAGUACAUAUGAUGAGCAUGAUUUUGUCAAGGUUUAUGACGCCUCCAACAGCCUCCUUGUCACUCUAUUUGGAAACAGAAGGGGAUACAUUGUUCAGUCAGCUGUCUACUACCGUGUUGUGUUUAUUACGAAGCAUGGCGGGAAGGGUUUUAAGGCUGUAUGGACAGCUGGUGCAGUGGUAUAUGCUCGUCAAGGAAGUAAUGCAACCUUGUCCUGGAGACUACCCCAGCCUGCUGUCAGGGAGUUUACAGUGAGACGUUAUUCAUCAGACAUUACUCUGUUCCAUGUGACCAAUUACAACAAGGUGGACAUCACUGGCACGUACAGGACAAGAGCAGAGUUUACUGGGAACAUUGAUUCGUCAGGAUCUGGUGUGUUCAGUUUCCUGCUGUAUGAUGUUGUGUGGAAUUCUGACCAUGGUGUCUACAGUUGUUACAGGGGUUCACCAGGCUCUAGAGGGGAUCAGAUGUCUGACUGUGGACAGGUGCUUGAUGUCAUACGAUGCGGUGGGCGCUACACAGGCUCGUCUGGCUCUAUCUCAUCACCUAACUACCCUGGCAAUUACAAAUACAACCUGUACUGUACCUACAUCAUUGAUGCCGGAGACACAUUGAUCACUCUCGUGUUUGAAGAGUUCAUUACGCAGCCAUCGUACGAUGUUGUCAAGGUGUAUGACGCCUCCAACAACCUCCUUGUCCAUCUAAGUGGAGAUAGAGGGGGCUACAUUGUCCAGUCAGCCGUCUACUACCGUAUUGUGUUUACUACGAAUCAUAGGGAUGUCAGGAGGGGAUUUAAGGCUGUAUGGACAGCUGGUGCAGUGGUAUAUGCUCGUCAAGGAAGUAAUGCAACCUUGUCCUGGAGACUAUCCCAGCCUGCUGUCAGGGAGUUUACAGUGAGACGUUAUUCAUCAGAUAUUGUGUUCCAUGUGACCAACUACAACAAGGUGGACAUCACUAGCACGUACAGGACAAGAGCAGAGUUUACUGGGAACAUUGACUCGUCAGGAUCUGGUGUGUUCAGUUUCCUGGUGUAUAAUGUUGUGUGGAAUUCUGACCAUGGUGUCUACAGAUGUUACAGGGGUUCACCAGGCUCUAGAGGGGAUCAGAUGUCUGACUGUGGACAGGUGCUUGAUGUCAUACGAUGCGGUGAGCGCUACACAGGCUCCUCUGGUUCUUUCACCUCACCUAACUACCCUGGCAAUUACGGCAACUAUCUGCACUGUACCUACAUCAUUGAUGCAGGAGAGACACUGGUCACCCUCGUGUUUGAAGAUUUCAUUACGGAUGAAGUGUAUGAUGUUGUCAAGCGAUAA